UAUAUCGAUCUCGAGACAUUCGCAUCAACAUCUUUUCCCUUCUAUCUAAAUCCGAAACCGCAAUCAUGACGUGCAAUCACCUCAGUAUCAUUACCCCGCCAUCAUGGGCCCGAUCCCCCCAUCCCCGCUAUAGCUCCAAACCACUCCUCCAUCCGAAACCGCCCUCUUCCGACCCGACACAUUAAUAAUCCCCCGUCCCGACACUCACCCUCACCCUCAUGGCUCAACCUCUCCGUCGCUCCCUGCUCAGAACCAGCCUCAUAUCAAAACAACUCACACCCUCAAUCCCAAUCCAGCGUAUCUCCAGGAUAACUUCACACUUCUCAACAGCUACAAUGGCGCCUGUACCUCCCAAGAUGAAGGCCGUGCAGAUUAACAAGAACGGCGGCACUGAAGUCCUUGAGCUCAACAAUGUUGCUGUUCCUAAAGCUGGUGAGGGCCAGAUCCUCGUCAAGAAUCAGAUUGCGGGCUUGAACUAUAUCGAUACGUACUUCCGAAGUGGUCUCUACAAGGCGCCCCAGUUUCCUCUUACGCUUGGUCGUGAGGCUGCUGGUACUGUCGUUGACGCUCACUCCUCUGUCAAGGGUUUUGAGAAUGGUACGCGCGUGGUAUUCAUGGGAACUGUGGGCGCAUACGCCGAGUACAGUGUCGUCAACGCCUCUGACGCUGUUAAAAUCCCCGACGAGGUUCCCACUGAUCAAGCUGUCGCUGCUUACCUGCAAGGUCUUACAGCAUGGACCUUCAUCCGUGAAGCUGGUCAGGUCAAGGCUGGCCAAUGGGUUCUUGUUCACGCUGCCUCUGGAGGUGUAGGUACUCUGCUCGUUCAGCUGCUCCGAAUUGUCGGUGCCAAGGUCAUUGGUACUGCCAGUUCAGAGGAGAAGCUUGCGCUUGCGAAGAAGAAUGGUGCAGAGUGGGUUAUCAACUCUCAUGAUGAUGUUGUUGCAAAGGUCAAGGAGAUCACUGGUGGUCAUGGUGCGGAUGUUAUCUUUGAUGGUGUGGGCAAGGUUACCUUCGAUGGAGAUCUUGAGAUGAUUGCUAAAAAGGGUAACCUCAUCUCUUUUGGCAACGCUUCCGGCGCCGUGGACCCCGUGAGCCUCUUCCGACUUACACCCAAGUGCGUCCGCUUGAUGCGCCCCGUAGUCAACGGCUACGUCUCCGAGCGAGCUGAUCUCGAAAAGUACACAUCCGAGCUCUUCGACCUCAUCAAGUCCAAGAAGCUCGAACUCACCAUUCACAAGGUGUACCCUCUCCAGGAUGUGGCACAGGCACACCAGGACAUUGAGAGCCGAAAGACGAUUGGAAAGUUGCUCAUUAAAAUCGAUUAAGUCUAGCCUUUUAAUUUUUAUUUUCAACGCUGUCUGUCUAUAAUGCUAUAUGGAUGGUUCAACCAUGACCAAAAAACAUAAAUCUUUUUAACAAGUUUUCAUCUCGCUCCG